AUGAGUAGAUUGCUGCUUUCUCAAAGUGCAAAUAUCAAUGAAAAAGAUAAUAAUGGGAAAACAGCUCUUUUUUAUGCAGCACAAUAUAAUAAAAUAAAUACGACUAGAUUUCUGCUUUCGGAAGGUGCAAAUAUCAAUGAAAAAGAUAAUGACGGAAAAACAGCUCAUUUUCAUGCACUAUUAAAUGAAAGUUUCGACGCAGCCAAAAUUCUGCAUGAUGCAAAUAUCAAAUAG